ACGUGGUCAAGUAAGACUGUCGAGAAGCUCCUUUGACUAAAAUGCGUCCCUUCGCCAUCCUUCUGGCCCUUGCCAGCACAAUAUGGCUUUCUGAACACUGGGGAACUGCAACCGUGGUUGAAGACUUCAACCAUGUGGAGAGAUGCAAGGAGUCGCUGUAUAUGGGCACCCCUCCUCGAGGCUUCAAAGACAGCAGGCUCAAGAAGAUCUGCCAGCGCUACGCUGACAAACCCAGAUACGUGACUCUGUAUGACUCCAAAAACCGUAUCCCAGUUUACUCUGCGUACACCUUCAAGAAAACAGAGGGUGAUCGGCGUGUGGACUAUCCCUGGAUGUAUGAACCUCAGCUUGCAGAGCUCGAUGGGAAUGGGAACAUGAUGCCGUUCCCCACCGGAUACUUACACAUGAAGUUUGAGGACAGCCAGGCCGUUUUGGAUGACUACUCCGAUGUAGUUUUGUACGAAAGAGGCCAUCUGAAUCCAGACCAGCACCAGUCAGACCCCCAGGACCGAGCGGCCACCUACACGCUCACCAAUGUCGUGCCAGAAAUUCGUGAGUUUAACAUUGGACCAUGGCGUGAACACGAAGAGCGCAUUCGCGUGCGCCUCAACAACUUCUGCCGGGGCAGAGCCUACAUUGUGACUGGGGUUACCACUACUGGAAACAUGAUCAGACGCAACAACCAGGACCGUGUUGGCAUCCCUGAAGAUGUGUGGUCUGCCUACUGCUGCACCGAAUAUGACCGAAACGCACCACACAACAUACGUAUCCGCUUUCCGACCCAAGCAGCCCUUGCCAAGAACGCAAAGGAGGGGAACAGAGUCCAAGAGCUCACCGUGCAGGAUCUGGAGAGAUACCUGACCAACAAAAUGGCCGUGGACAAGAACUUCCAGCUGUUCUAUGAUAACUGCAACUCACCUUCACCUCUUCCUCCCUACCUUAAUUAUGUCAAAUGAUCUUAUUUACCUUUAGCUUAUAGCUUUGGUUGUGGUUUUCGUUUUUCUUGCUUUCUUCUUUUCUGUAGCUUCUCUAUGUAUUUCUGUACAAUUUUUAGAAAACAAGUUGAAAUAACAAGUCUUGUAAGUUCUGCAUAAUGUUAAAUUUAGUGGUUUGCAUUGUUCUACACUCCUGUUUAUAUGUUUGGGGUUGGUAAGAUAUUUUAAAGAAAUGAUUAGAAUUUUACUUUGUUACAAAUGUAAUUUCACAAAUGUAUCGGAGUUGCAUCAGAUGUUUUGAACAUCGAUAAUUAUAAGAAAUGUUUCUUGAGCAUCAAAUCAGCAUAUCAGAAUGAUUUCUAAAGCAUCAUGUGACACUAAAGACUGUAAUGGCUACUGAAAAUUACAUUUUAAAACAUUAAAAUAAUAAAAACAGUUAUUUUAAAUUUUAAUAAUAUUUUAUAAUGAGUGUUUAGGGUAUAUUUGAUCAAAUAAAUGCAGUUUUAGUGAGCAUAAGAGACAUUUUUCAAAAAAAAAAAAAUCUUACUGACCCCAAAUUUUGUUAUAGGCCUAUAAAAUACGAUUUAAUUCAAUAGUCAAUUUUAAAAAUAUUUAAGAAAAUAUGUCAUGUUAUGGUGGAAAAUGGUGAUUGUCUAAGUAAAAAAAAUUCCCUGUCUAUUUCUACAGUUAUUUUAUUGCUUUUACCAUUAUGCUUUCAUUGCUUUUUAAUCAUCCUAUGCACAAUUAUGACAAACUGUCUUAGUUUAGACACACAUGUUAAGUAAUUCACUGAUACUGAAGUUUUAGGUUGUGUUUAAGGAUAAAUAAAUCGGUUUGGCUGGUAUAAAGAUGUGUAUGAAGAUAAAACUAAAUAAACAAACAAAAUCUGUCAUGCUUUUCGAAUCCUUUUUGGGAGAUUUUGUUGUUUCAAUAACCUUGACUGUUAUACACAUCAAUAAAAACCUAAAGGAAUAUUCUAGUCGAGUUUCGUCAUUACAACCACAUAUGGUUCACUUAAUGACAAAUCAUUAA